AAAACAAACAAUACAAUAAAGGAAAGAAAGAAAGGACCACCUCUAAAUUCUAUGAAAUUUUCCCCUCUCUCUCUCUCUCUCCUUUUCCGGCCAAAUCAAAGAGUGGGGAAACGUCGCCUAAUCUAAAUGCUGAUCUCUUUCUGAUUGAAUUUUGAGUUCUGGUGUCCCAUCCAAUUGGUGGGUUUCAAAUUUUUCGGAUCUCUGAACAAUUUUCCAGGUGAUCCUUCAGGUCUCUUUCAGCAUGGAUGUUCCCACAACCAAUGUCGAACUUGUUCCAGAAAAAGAGACAAUUAAAGAGGGAAAAGAAGGAUGCCCUGCAUUCCAUUGUGACCUUUGUGACACAGAAAUAGUAUACAAAAUAACCCGAGUAUUCCUCCCUGGACUAGCAGCAGCUUGUGUGGACAACACAACAGGUGGUCUUUUCAGGUCCCCUGCUUCAGUGGCUGUUGAUAUGAGAAAGGAAAUGAUUGACUACCUCACCCAGCGAAGCGAAAGUUUUGUUGCUGAAACCAUUAUUUUGGAAGGUGGUACAAAUACAGAGGUAUCUGACCAUCCUUAUGAUAUCAUUUCUGAUUUUGUUGAUGACUUUGCAAGUUCAAAGAGAAAUUUCUUUAGUCGGGUUUCAGGAUGGCUACUAAGUGAAAAGAGAGAAGACAAUAUAGAUGAUUUCAUACAGGAGAUGGAAGAAAAUAGGUUUUGGCUGACAGACAGGAGAGAAGUAAUUGCGCAGACUUUGCUUAAGAAUGUCGACUUGAAGAAUACAUUUCACUGUGACAAGAAAUUCCACACAACAGAAGAGCUAGCUGAGCAUGUUGUCAACUGUGGCUUUAGGUCCCUUAACUGCAAAAAUGAGGGGUGCACUGUUGUCGUUUGUGCAAGCAAACUGGAGACUCAUGAUUCAGCAUGUCCUUUCAAAAUAAUCCCAUGUGAGCAGAAGUGCUCAGACAGCAUCAUGAGACGUGAAAUGGACCGGCAUUGCAUAACUAUCUGUCCAAUGAAACUUGUGAAUUGUCCUUUCUAUUCCGUGGGUUGUCAAUCCACCAUAGCCCGGUGUCGGAUUCAGCAACACUGUUCAGAGGAUUUCCAUCUGCACUUGGUAUUUGCUCUUCAAAAUAUUCACAAGGGAGCUACUGAGGAGGAUCUAAAAGAACGGGUGGAUCAAAUAGUGAAGUCAGCUCCUGGUCAGCUUGAAGCAUCUAGAGAUGUAAGAUCUCUAACCAUUAAAGUCAGGGAUAUUGAUGCAAAGCUUGGGCCAUUAGAAUGCACUCCCAGAAAGGAUAGUGAGGACUCAAUUGAGACUGCAAAUGAUAUUAUGGACAAAUCCACAGAGGCUAUAAACAAGGCACUAGAAGAAUCAUCCAACAAGGUCGGUACAGAGUCCAUUGAGGCUGCAAUUGAAGAAUCAUCUGAGCCUGGAAAUAGUGUUACUGAAAAAUCGACCAAUACCACAAACAAGGUCGGUGGAGAGUCUCCUAAGUCUGCUAUGGGAGGAUCACCUGAGGCUGGAGAUAGUGUUACUGAAAAAUGGAACAAGGCCACAAACUAGGUUGGUGAAGAGGGGACUUCACGUGUAACAGCUCAUGCUUCAGAGGAAGCUAGAAGCCUCGUUCCAACACAAAUCACUUGUGUUUUCUCAGCGGGAAGCUCAAUCAUGCUACUUGUCAGGUGCUCAAACACUUGUUCCUCCACAAGAUUUUUGGUCGUUAGAACUUGGGUUUUGUUCUUUCCCUUCUACACCUUUUCUUUCAUUAAAUUAUACUUUACCAAGAGUUUCUUCUGAAAUCAUAUAAUUUAAAUGGCAAUACGACGCUAUGGCAUGUAUUUGCUGCAUCAAGUAAAGCGAGGUAUCUUAUACACCACAGUAUCAGAACUUGAUGAUCCCAAUCGUCAAAUGAGUAAACACAACUACUGAAAUUCAUGGCAAUUUAAUGCUCUAUAUACAGAUGCAUACGGAUGUCUUACAGAUAAUUGUUGUUGCUCAAUAUGUAGUGGAAUUAGUUAUCUCUUACCUUUAA